CCCGAUCUGUUACCCAUCCUGCCGUCUUCGUCUUAAAUCCUCCACCUAAACCACCUCACAGCAUCCCGCUCAAACCCUAAUGCUGCUGUUAUGGCCACGGGCAUAGGCUCGCCCUCUUCCCGCCUCGCCCCCAGCCCCGACUGCGACGCCGACCACCUCCCCCUCGCUGGGCGCCACCGCCGCCCGGUUCGGUCGCCGGCGCCGCCGCGCGCCGAGCCAUCGCCUCCCGCCCCCGAUAGGUGCGAGGCUAGCGCGGAGGCCCGGGGCGCCGGUGGGGCUGCCCAGAAGAGUUGUCCAAGGCUUCCGAGAGGUGUACAAUUUAAUCCAAGCGAUAGUGAUCUUCUAUGGCAUCUAGCUGCAGAAGUUGGGAAUGGUCUGGCUCAUCGCCAUCCAUUUAUCAGCGAGUUUAUUAAAUCUGUUGAUGAUGAUAAAGGGUUUAGUUGCACUCAUCCUCAAGAUAUACCCGGUGUUAGUCAGGAUGGACGUGCAUCAUACUUCUUCCAUAAAAUAUUUGAGUUAUACAGCAAUGAGAAUGGCAAAAAUAUCAGCUGGCAAAAAAUUGGAACCCCUAAAUCAAUCAUCUUGGAUGGAACUCUGCGAGGUUUCAAGGAGAUGUUUGUCCUGUAUGCAUACAAGAUGAGUGAUAACAGCCCUCAGAAAACUGAUUGGAGAUUACAUCAAUAUCAUAUCAGAAACACAGUGAAGGAUAAGGGAGAACUAGUGGUGUCAAAGAUAUUUUAUGAAUCACAAAACAAUCAGUGUGAAUUGGCUGAGAAAGCUCCUGCUAAGUCUGAACAGGAGUGGAUGCAAGGGGAGAUGUGCGCUGAUCAGAGCCAUCUAAGUUCUUCCAAAGACGCUUUAUAUACCUCAGGUUUUGAUCCUGGAAUCCAAAUCAAUGACUAUGAUGAGAAAGAUGAGCUUGAUCAUAUAUCUCUGCAAGAGCGCUACAGAAUCCUUCUAGCAGACAAGAGUUCUUGCCCUGCUACGAUAUCAGCUGGAAAAUCUGUACUGGGUGCAGGUUCUAGUGGAACAAUUCCCAAAAGAAAUCAUGAAGGAACAACACACGGAAAAGAUAUAUGUAGCAUGUUGCAGGAAAUUUCUUCUGCACCUCCUAUUAUAGAGAGUAUGGAUGACGGCAACAACAGGAGGUUGCUCGGUGAAGAUCUUUCAGUUAUUGCAGGUAACUCAGGUUUCUUGAGUAUUUCUGGUAUGUCAUCUCUCACUAAUCCAUCGCUAUGUGAAGUUGGAUGCUGUCAUGAUCGAGUUGAGGGUACUGAAAAUCAGGUGAAUGGCACAACUCUCAGUACUGUUUCUGAGCUGCCAACAACUGAACCAACUUGUGGGAGUGAAAGCAGUCAGUUGGUUGUAAGAAAACAUGGGACCUUUUUGGUUGAUGUAAAAUUGGAGCCUACGUUGGAAGGUUAUGAGAUUGACCCUUCUGAAUCUCCUCGAGCAAAUUCUCACCACUCCUCAAAAAAUGUUGGCCUGGACGGAGAUUUGGCAGAGAAAACCUCAGAGGAUUACGCCUGUUCGAAGCAGAUUGCAGACCCAAACCUUGUCAGUGAGGGUUGUAGUGUUUCAGCUGAAGCUAGUUCCCAGGCUAAGAAUACUCAUGCUGAAGGCUCAGUACCAUCUUUAGGAGUUAAAAGUGAACUAACUGACAGUCCGCUGGGCUUAUGUGAGACCAGCUCUAUUGAUGCUGCAGAGCAUAUUGCUAAAACAACGCAUACCCGGAUUCUAGACCACAAGGAGGGCAUUACUUUUCGUUCUCAUCAAUGGAGAAAAAAGAAAACAGCAAGUUAUUCAACUGACAAAAUGCUUGAAAAAGAUGCUUACACUAAUGUUGAGCGCUUCACUUACUGUUCCCGUCGAAGGAGGAGGAAAACAGCAACGGAUUCAAUCGAAAAGGCACUUGAUGAAGAUGCUCCAGGACUUCUACAGAUUCUUCUGAACAGAGGAAUAACGGUUGAAGAGAUUAAACUUUAUGGUGCUGAAGAAGAUGGUGAAAUGCUUCCAGAUUGUACAGAAAGUAACUUUGAAGACCUUGAAAAUGUCAUUACAAAAUUAUUUCCACAGAGAGCCUCCCUGUUGAAGUUGUCAGUAGCUAGACAUGAAAAGGGGGAAAAGGCCAUUUACUGCUUAUCCUGUUUAAUUUCUCUUAUUGAGCAGUCCCGCUACCUUCAGUUUCGUGACUGUCCUGUGGAAUGGGGAUGGUGCAGGGAUCUGCAAUCCUUCAUUUUUGUAUUUAGAAGCCAUAACAGGUUAGUUCUUGAGCGCCCUGAAUACGGUUAUGCAACAUACUUCUUUGAGGUUGUGCAAUCAUUGCCAAUAGAAUGGCAAAUCCGUAGGCUGGUUACUGCAAUGAAGCUUAGUGGCUGUGGCAGGACAGCUCUUAUUGAAAACAGGCCAUUACUGGUUGGUGAAGAUUUAACAGAAGGUGAGGCACGGGUUUUGGAGGAAUAUGGCUGGAUACGAAACUGUGGCCUUGGAACAAUGCUCAACUACCGUGAUCGUGUGGUUCAUGAUAGAUGGACCGAGAAAUCUGUCACUGAUUGGAGGGUGAAAAUAGGGAAGCUUCUAAUGACUGGUUAUGCCGAGGGCCAAACAGUCGCAACUCAUGUUACAAAUAAAGCAGGGGACCUAUUAGAAAACACUGAGGGUACUGACAUUGAAGUGAAGUUGGAGGAUCCAUUUUGACAGAUCCGUUGUAUAUAGGUACAUAUGUACCCUUCGUCAUGUAAUGCAGGGUUGUAGAAAAGUACACCAAGAUAAUUUGUUUCACCUUGAGUAGGCUAGUGCAUAAAACAUGUAGUGUGUAACCUAUUUAUGUGUGCCUCUGUAAUUUGGAGAACAUAAUAUUCAUGUAACGGGUGUUGCAAGGAUGGCUAGGUAGGUUGGAUAAAACUUGGGUCAUAGGGAAGUGGAGCAGACGGUUAGCUGCUCUCUCUGAUGAUAUAAUGUGCCACGUAUAUUUUUGUACAUUAGAUUCAUUUCUGAGUUUUUUUU